AUGACGAUGAUUAUGAUAAUGCUGAUUAUGAUUGUGGUGAUUAUGAUCGUGGUAAUUCUGACGAUUGUGGCUGAUUACGGCUACGAUGAACAUGGUUGUGAUCAUGAUCAUGAUGAUUAUGAUUAUAAACGCAACGACUAUGAUCAUUGUGGUCAUGGUGAUUAUGACUGCGAUUGGGAUUGUGACGACCAUGAUUAUGAUCAUGAUCAUGACCUUGAUUAUGACGGCAGUGGUUACAGCGAUCAUGGUUACGAUUACGACUAUGAUCGUUACGACUGCGAUAAUCAUGAUUAUGGUGAUUCGGUUGUGGUUAUGCUUACGAUUUUGAUUGUGAUGAUUAUGGUUAUGAUUACCACUAUGAUGAUUGUGGUGGUCAUGAUUACGAUGAUCAUGGUGACUAUGACUACGAUUACGAUUGUAAUUAUGGUGAUUAUGACGGUUAUGAUUAUGAUGAGCUCGAUUGUGGUUGUGAUUAUGAUUGUGAUUGCGAUUAUGAUGACUAUGAUCAUGGCUACGGUUAUGAUGGCUGUGUUUGUGAUUGUGAUGGUUGCGAUGACUAUGAUUGCAAUGAUUAUGAUCAUGACUACGAUGAUCAUGAUCGGUCAUGAUUAUGAUUGUGAUGAUCAUGACCAUGAUGAUUAUGGUUGUGAUUGUGACUAUGGUGGUCAUGAUUAUGAUCAUGACGAUUAUUAUUACCAUGAUCGUGAUUGUGGUUAUGACGGUUACGAUUGCGAUGACCGUGAUUAUAAUGAUUAUGAUCAUGAUGAUGACGGUUGUGGUUGUGGUGAUUAUGAUUGUGAUUGCGAUUACGAUGACUAUGAUUACGAUUACGAUGGUUAUGAUUAUGGCGAUCGCGUUUAUGAUGAUUAUGAUUAUGAUUGCGAUUACGAUAAUUGCGAUGAUUAUGAUUACGACUGCGGUUACGACUAUGAUUGCGACUGUGAUCAUGAUGAUUAUGACUAUGGUCAUGAUUAUGACGAUCACGAUGACUGUGGUGAUUAUGAUCAUGAUGAUUAUGAUUAUCAUGACCGUGACUAUGAUUAUGAUCAUGGCGAUUGUGAUUAUGAUGGGCAUGUUUUUGAUCACGAUUAUGAUGAUUACCACGAUCGUGAUCAUGACUAUGGUUGCGACUAUGCACAUGAUUACGGUCACGAUUAUGAUCAUGGUUGUGAUUACGAUUAUAAUUAUGAAUGUGGUGUUGGUAAUAAUAACAAUGAAGAUGGUGCCAAAACUUCCAAAACUGCUCGGGUUAUCAAUGUGAGUAUUCCAGGUACGAUGAAUGUCGGCGAUUUGAUCCUGGCGAAUACUUUGUUAUUUCAAUUGUCCGUACCAUUAAAUUUUCUUGGGUCAGUGUAUCGAGAAGUAAAACAGGGAUUGGUGGAUAUGCAGCUCAUGUUUUCGUUGCUCUAUCUCAAGAGCAAUAUCAUUACAAAUUUUCUUAUUUGA